AUGGGUAUUAUCGAUAAGUUUAGAAAGAGGACCUGUACUGCCAAUGCAGUGUACCCACGAAGUUCUAAGCUCUCUACAUUGGACCCUACUAGAGAUAAACUCAAAGUGGUAUACGACGUCUAUGAGCCUAGAACAACACGACCUGGUGAUUCAGUUGUCAACUUCGUUUUUCUACACGGUAGUGGUAUGAAUAGAAAGAUCUGGGAUUACUAUCUUGAUAAACUCGCAGAACCGGGGAAAGGCUGGAAAAUUGGCAAAAUUAUUCUUCUUGAUCAAGUUAAUCACGGAGACUCGGCAGUACUGAACGAGCGGCUUCUAGGAACAAUUUAUGACUGGAGCGAUGGGGCUCGAGAUGUUUGCAAGGUAUGCGUGGAUGAGCUUUUCACGGACGAACCUCACAACACUUUCAACAUUGUAGUAGGCCAUUCGAUGGGAGGUUUUCAAGCAUUAUGCUGUUCCAUUAUGCAUCCUGGUCUCUUUCAGCUGGUACUGUGUAUUGAACCAGUCGUUUUGAUGAAACGAGUCCGAGCCUCAAAUAAUGAAGAUAUCACUAUAAUCACGCCUGCAUUUCAUGAUGCCUUAGCUACCAAGAUGACUGACAAGUUUGAUAGCCCGGAGCAGUUCAGUGAGUAUAUAGAUGGUGAAAGCAUCUACACUGCCACGAUUCCCGUCAUUAGGAAAGAUGUCAAGAAAUUCGAAAUACGAGAAAUAGCAGAGGGGGUACUCAAAACUAAAAUCAGUUCCCAUCAGCAUAUGUUAACUUAUCUGUGCUUGAACCCUACUGCAACGUGGCUGAUGAAAUCUUUGCCUUUUAUCGCCUGUCCAGUGGUUUGUCUUUAUGGAGAAAAGUCUAAAUGGUGCCCUCCCGAGAACCGUAUUUAUUUACGUGAACAUAUACGUAAUUAUUGGGAGACCGAGGUGGCCGAUGGCGGACAUCUGGUGAAUAUCGAGGACCCUGAUGCAGUAUUGCAAAAAUUAAACUCGGUUGUAAGCAAACGGCUGGCAAACGCGAUAAGUGAAGAGCAACCAGUGCUCGAUGAUCAGACAAGAAAACACAAAUUUGAUGCUUGCUACAAACAGCUGCUAUCAUCUAGAGUUAUUCGUGGCACGCCUAAACUUUGA